CUGGAGAUCACCUAGCUGACAUACCGAGAAGCUGUGGUUUUCACUGUAUUAUAUUUCAAAAAAAAAAAAAAAUCUAUCAGCUGCGCUUUAAUUCCGAGAACUCGUUCCCGACACGGACUGCUUUCCAUAAUUCCCCUGAUCCUGCUCCGCUAGCUGUUAUUCCACAGUUAAAUUGACCUCCACGUCUAUACCCUUUUCCCAAAAUCCAAACGCGUUGGGCAUACCAGCAGUCCCAAAGAAGAAGCUUACGGCUGGGCAAGACGUGGAAAAGGAAAGGAAAAUCUAUUUGCCUUGGGAAUGGUCGACGCAGGCUGAAUCUGGUGGAAAUCGGACCAAGCAAUGUCGACUUCAAACCACACCUUCUCCAAAUCCACAGUCGGGAGCAAUAACAGUCGACCAUCGAGCAAAGAUGGAGCAAAGAAAAACAACAUAUGGUCUUCCAUGUUGGAUAGUGUCGCGAAUGGGAAGCGAUUACCCGAGAAGAAUCUAUUGAUAUUAGGAGGCACGCCCGAGAGCCAGAGGGAAUUCCUGGAAACACUUUCUGCGGAUUCAUCAGCUCCUAGCCUACCACAUGAAAGGAGGAAGGGGAAGAUACCUCCCAUCGCCAAUCAAUUUGCGCUAGGAUAUACAUAUCAAGACGUGCUGGAUGCGGACCACGAUGAUAUCCUGGCUCGUCUCUCCGCAUAUUUGCUUUCGGAACCUUCGCUGUCUUUUGCGCCUCUCCUCAAACCGCUAUUGACACCUCAAUCUAUUCCUGAAACAUUGGUCGUAAUUCUGCUUGACUGGUCAGACCCCUGGACAUGGGUCCGGCGGGUAAGGGAAUGGGUCCGGUUCUUAAGAAGCGUGCUCAUUUCACUUGACGAUGAGACAAAGAUAGUGAUGGAGGAUACCAUGAUCGAAUGGCGAGAUCGAAGGCGAGGUCAGGAUCCCAGCCCCGCUGGAGGGCUGGCUGGUGCAGGAGGACCGGCCACAAUUCCAUUGGGUCCUGGAGAGUGGGAUGAAGGACUAGGGGUUCCCCUGUGUGUGGUCUGUCAGGGGGCCGACAAAAUGGAGAAACUGGAGAGAGAUCACGGCUGGCGUGAAGGUGACUUUGAUUUUAUACUUCAAUCCAUGAGGACAAUCCUUCUUAAACAUGGUGCAUCACUUAUCUAUACCUCCCCUUAUCUAUCGAACUCGUUACAAAGCUUGGUUCACUCUUCUCUGGGGAUACAUUCGCUGUUAAAGAGGCAGUCAUUUAAGCCUAAUAUUAUUGACAGAGACAAGAUCCUAGUGCCAUCGAAUUGGGACUCGUGGGGUAAAAUUCGAAUCCUUACGGAAGGGUUCGACCUGGAAGGCAUGUCAACAGCCUGGUCGAUUGAGAUUCAAGAUCCUCCGGAGCCACUUUUCAACGGUUCAAUCGAUGAAGAGUCGCGUCCUGGGACGGCUGAGGACGGAACUAGCGCAGUGGUGAUAUAUGAACAAACGAUCAGAGAUCCCAAGCGAGACAGCACAAUUCCUCACCCUGGAAGCCAACAAAAUGGAGACAAGGUCGAAGUUGAAACGUCAGACAUGCAAGUCUUCCUUACGGAGCAACUGGAGAUUCUGGAGCAACUCAAGAUAGAUGACGAGAAGGAUCGAGCAGCCAGCUCAGUGCCGAAGUUAGAAAUGUCUCCUUUAGAUGACAAUGGCAAGGUCAAUGAGCAUAUCGGACCAGUACAAUUUAACAUGGGUGGUAUCCAAGUGGAUGCAGAUGAUAUGCUGAGAAAGCUUAAGGAGAGCCAAGCUGCCAGUCGUGCACACAGGAAAGAGACUAUAUCGACAUCUGCCGGGGACGAAAAGGCGCAUAACCAAGCCCUUGCCAACUUCUUUGCGGGCCUAGUAAGGAAACCGACUGGGAACACCCCCCGUGGAAGCCCUUCAUCAUAGCCUUUCAUUCUGUGUCUACUCGCUUCUUUUUUUCGACAUUCUCAUCUUUAUCCCACACUGCGUUCUCUGGCAUAAUUAGGAUGAUACCUACGCUUUUCAAUUGCAUUUUAUUGUAUUCCUUUCUUUUUGAUCGUCGUACAUACAUAUAUCCCUUGAAUUGAGGAAUGCAGGUCAACUCGGAUGAUCGUGUCGUUAGCUUUUCUUGUCUUUUCUUUUUUUUUUUUUUUUCGCUAUGGGUCGGAUCUUUUGGGGUCUAUUGGGAGUCAAAGGGAGGUGGCGAUGGACAGCCUACAAAUUUCCCUCUUUUCAUACCUUUUCUGUUAUCGUGAUACUCUUUUUGCGAGUUAACAGGACAUCUGGUUUAGAGCAGCUCCAGAAAGAAUU